GUUAACAAAAGCCCGUGGGCUCCGGCGGCGUCCCGCACCUUCCCGUUUCGAGGCGUGCGGUAUUUAAGGAGCUCUCCUUCGACACCCCCGUCGCCGUUCCCCUCUUCUUCGUCCCCCCCCAACACCCACCUCUCUCCCUUCCCUAAGGUAUUUUCUUGGAUUGCUCUUUUGGGAGCUUGGAAUCAUGUCGGAUGAGGAGCACCACUUCGAGUCGAAGGCCGAUGCGGGAGCGUCGAAGACGUACCCGCAACAAGCGGGGACGAUCCGCAAGAACGGGUACAUCGUGAUCAAGGGGAGGCCGUGCAAGGUUGUGGAGGUUUCAACCUCAAAGACUGGGAAGCACGGACAUGCCAAAUGUCACUUUGUUGGUAUAGACAUUUUCACCUCCAAAAAGCUUGAAGAUAUUGUGCCUUCUUCUCACAACUGUGAUGCUCCCCAUGUUAAUCGUACUGACUACCAGCUCAUUGAUAUCUCUGAAGAUGGAUUUGUGAGUCUGCUUACUGAAAAUGGCAACACCAAGGAUGACCUGAGGCUCCCAACUGAUGAGAAUCUGCUCACUCAGAUUAAGGAUGGGUUUGCAGAAGGGAAGGAUCUGGUGGUGACGGUGAUGUCCGCCAUGGGCGAGGAGCAGAUCUGUGCUCUGAAGGACAUCGGCCCAAAGUAGCUCUCCUGCGCCAACUACUACUACUACUGGUUCCUUUUUCUUUUAUUUAUAUAUAAACCAAUAUAUAUAUUAUCUAAGGGGAUAAUGGAGCCAAUCGAGAAAACUGCGAAGAUAUAUCAAUGUUGUUUCCUAUCAGACGUUAAUCCUGCUUGAGCUGGCUUUCGCCAGCUAUUGCUGGGUUGGUAAUUUAACUAUUCGUAAGAACCGGGGUGUUUAUAUUCUAUUUUAAAGUGGGGAAUGGCGACGGUCUGUGAGAUUUAUUUCUGGCUUUUAUGGUGCCGUUGGAUGUAUACCAACUGGAUCUCUGAUUUACUGCAGGUAUCGCCUAUUUGUUGCCCUCGUAA